AUGUCCGGUAUUAGUAGAGAUUCUCGUCACAAACGUUCACAUACAGGAGCCAAAAGAGCUCAAUAUCGUAAAAAAAGGAAAUUUGAACUAGGUAGACAAUCAGCCAGCACUAAAAUUGGACCAAAAAGAAUUCAUUCGGUUCGUGUUCGUGGAGGAAAUGUUAAAUUCCGAGCACUUCGUCUUGACACUGGCAAUUUUUCUUGGGGAUCUGAAGCGAUUUCUAGAAAAUCAAGAGUUGUAGCAGUUGCCUAUAAUGCUUCCAACAAUGAAUUAGUUCGUACCAAUACACUUGUAAAAGGAGCAGUGAUUCAAAUUGAUGCAGCACCUUUUAAGCAAUGGUAUGAAGCACAUUACGGACAACCUGUUGGACGUAAAAAGUCUAAAAAAGAAGGACAGUCUAAUCAUGUUCAAAGAAAACUUGAUGCUCGUAAAGAAUUUGCUAAAGUGGAUCCAUUAUUAGAUGAACAUUUUACAAUUGGUCGUUUAUAUGCUAUUAUAUCAUCUCGCCCUGGACAAUGCGGUCGUGCAGAUGGAUAUAUUCUUGAGGGUAAAGAACUAGAAUUUUAUGUAAAGAAAAUUAAAGCUAAAAAAUAA